AUGGGCAAGCUCCUGCUCCUGCUCCUGCUGCUAGGAGCUUUUGUUCUUCUGUUGAUCCAAGCCCAAGAAAGAAUAUGCAUGUCCUGCCACAUGUUUGUGAAUGGCAAGUGUGUAGAAAGUGAAGGUAAAUGCACCAUGGAGGACGGCGGUGCAUGCAGAACCAGGGACAUCUAUCUUUUCAAUGCAAGAGGUGGGUUUCUCUACAACCACACUAUGCUGGAGUGUUCUAAAUCUUGUAAGGCUUCAGAAGAGAGUUAUUUUCAUCUAAAAAUUUCAACUUUUUGUUGCAAAAGUCAAGACUUCUGCAAUAAAUAUAAAGGAAAGUGA